UUGGAUGCGGGAGUUCACGCUACUGCCCAGUCAUCUGUUCUUUGGUCAACCUGCCUCGAUCCAGACAUUUCUCGGCUGCCUUGGUUGUGUCAGAGUUAUGGGAUAUGACCCUUGGCCGACUCCCCUCGGCCAUCAUGGCAGCGACACAUUAAUGUCAUUCUUCAUGUUGUGGAGCUAUCUUCAUCUUAGAAUCCAAGACCCGGCGGCUCGAUCGCCCCUCCCUGAAGCCCAAAACCAUUGGACCGGAGGUCGCUUCAGCCGAAAGCUGCUAGGGAUGGCACGCGCCGCCGCUUCCAACCUGCGUGGCCUGGUUGGCAUUGCAGCGGUGGACCGGCGGGUGGUGAGCGCCUCCGUCCAGGGUCGUUGCGCGGCACCCCAAGCGUCGCCCGGCGGGCGUGGGUUUCGGGCCGUGGCCUCAGGCUCCGGUGGCAGGACGACGCCUGACUCCUCCUCUUCGUCCUCGUCGGCUCUACGACAGCUGCAGCCGCGGCGCGGCGCGGCGUCGGCACGCCAAUCGCGGCGGGGGGUGGGACGCACGGGGCUGCGGGGCUUGCUUAGCGGUGGCUUCGAAAGUGAGGAUGGUAAGCUGAGCUGUGGAUAUUCAAGUUUUAAGGGGAGGAGACCUACUAUGGAGGAUCGCUAUGACAUAAAGUUUAGUAAAAUCGAGGGGCAGACAGUUAGCCUAUUUGGUGUAUUUGAUGGUCAUGGAGGACCACUUGCUGCCGAAUAUCUAAAGGAGCAUCUGCUUGACAACCUUAUGAAGCAUCCUCAGUUCCUGAAAGACACAAAGCUUGCUAUAAGUGCAACAUUUCUGGAAACUGAUGCUGUUAUCUUACAAUCAGUAAGCAGUCCUUACAGGGAUGAUGGUUCGACAGCUAUAGUUGCUGUUUUGGUUGGCGACCAUUUAUAUGUAGCAAAUGUCGGUGAUUCACGUGCUAUUGUUUCAAAAGGCGGCAAGGCUAUUCCACUCUCAGAUGACCAUAAACCUAACAGGAGAGAUGAGCGAAAGAGAAUUGAGAAUGCUGGAGGAACUGUUUCUUGGGAUGAUACUUGGAGGGUUGAUGGAGUUCUGGCAAUGUCCCGUGCAUUUGGCAAUCGUCAAUUGAAGAAUUAUGUGUUAGCAGAACCUGACAUUCAGGAAGAGAAGGUCAACAGUGACUUGGAAUACCUGGUUCUUGCUACUGAUGGCCUUUGGGAUGUUGUGCAAAAUGAGGAAAUUACAUCAAUUGUACGAGCAGAAGACGGACCUGAGGCAGCGGCCAUGAAGCUGACGGAAAUUGCUCACCGUUGGCACAGCUCAGACAACAUCACAUGCAUCGUGGUGCGAUUUCAUCAUGGAAAACCGUCGGGUAUUAAUACCUGACAGAGACUGAUGACAGUGAAGUUUGGUUACUCCGGUCAGAAAAUAUUUAGUACCACUUCGUACUAAAUCUGGGACAAGUAUAUGGGUUGGAGGAAGUACUUGAUAUCCUAGAAGCAGGAUGGGCUCUUGGGAUCCGUGGAUGUUAUAACUUAGAACACUAAACCAGCUGUGAGAUUCAUCGAUUUAUUCAUUUUUUAUGUAAUGUUUGCAUCUGAUCAUCACUAGUCAGAAUAUGUUGCAUCCGUUGGGAUUUGGGCCAUGAGAACUGUUCGAAAAGAGAAUGAAUUCCAUUUUUUACCUCCUA